AUGUUGCAGUCGGCGACCACCAACUCCUGCGCGCGUCUGGUGCAGAGGAACAAGUCCACCUGGUACUUCUCCUUCCUGGCGCUCGCCUACCUGCUGUACCUCAGCUUCGGCGCCGUGGUCUUCUCCUCCGUGGAGCUGCCCUACGAGGACAACCUGCGCCAGGACCUGAGGAAGCUCAAGCGCCAGUUCCUGCAGGACAACCCGUGCCUGGCCGAGGGCAGCCUCGAGCACUUCCUCUUCAAGGUCCUGGAGUCCAACAACUACGGCGUUUCGGUGCUGAGCAACGCCACCGGCAAGUGGAACUGGGACUUCACCUCGUCUCUCUUCUUCGCCACCACUGUCCUCACCACCACAGGCUAUGGUCACACAGUCCCUCUCUCUGAUGGUGGCAAGGCUUUUUGCAUCAUCUAUUGCGUUAUUGGAAUCCCAUUCACUCUGCUGUUCCUCACCUCAAUUGUUCAACGCAUCAUGGUCCCAGUCAGCAGACGGCCAGUGCAGUAUAUCCACACUCGCUGGGGCUACACCAAACAGACUGUCGCUAUAGUCCACGCCGUGAUUUUGGGAAUCAUUGUGGUCUCCCUAUUUUUGUUUAUCCCAGCAGUUAUUUUUUCUAUCAUGGAAGAAGACUGGAACUUUCUGGAGUCGAUAUACUUUUGCUUCAUCUCACUGAGCACCAUAGGCCUGGGAGACUAUGUCCCCGGGGAAGUUUACCACCAGAAGUUUAGAGAGCUUUAUAAACUUGGAAUAACUGUCUACCUCAUGAUUGGCCUCACCGCUGUGCUGGUUGUCCUCGAGACCUUCUGCGAGCUUCGCGAACUCAAGCAGUUCAAGAGAAUCUUCUAUGUGAAGAAGGAAAAAGAGGAAGAUCAGCUGAACAUUGUGGACCAUGAACAAUUUUCAUUUUCUUCAGUGGUGGACAGUGUGCCCACUCCGAAGGAGGAGCAGAAACUGAACGAACCAUUUAUGACCGUUCCGUCCGUCUAUCAGGCUACAGAUGGCACAAUAAACAGAUGAUCACGUGCGCGUAUGAAUUCAACUGUAAGCAGAUCCUUGUCUGAUGGUUCAUACUGAUCAUCAUGGCAGAAAAUAUGCAUGACAUUAGGUUUUAGGUAGAAAGUGAAGCCAAUUUACAAAAAAAAGACAAAGCACAGCAGGUUAGAAUAAGGUGAAAUGUACUGUAGUUUGUGUAAAUAAAGGAAACUGUGGCUGACGUUAGCUGUAUAUUAAAACGUGUUUCUUAUUUAAAAUAAUAAUUUAUGUACUUGAAAUUAAAA